AUGAUGACAUCCCCGGACUCUCCCCCUCUGGUCUCCCCUUCCCCGUGCCCUGCUCCCCCUCCAUCCCUCCCUUCCUCCCCGGUUCCCUCCUCCCCGGCCCCUUCUUCCUCCUCCCUCCCCGCCCCGCCCUCGCUGCCUCCCACGGGGGAGGUGAUGGUGCUGGCUCUGGGCAGGAAGAAGCAGAGGGUUCUGAUCGCUCUCUCCAUCCUGCCCAACCUCUUCCUGGCCUUCCUGCUCUCUUCCGACCCCCUCAUCACCCUCUCGCCGCCCCACCACUGCCACCUGCCGGGGCCCUUGCCGUCCCCCGAGGUGCUGAACGCCUCCCUGCCCUGGGAUAAGGGGGAGAGGCCCGGGGACAGCGGGGGGCGGUCCCAGUGUAAGCAGUACGUCAACGGCAGCCAGUCAGCAGUGGUGGACUGCGAGGCCGGCUGGGACUACAACGUCACAGAAGGGCUGAGGAGAAACAUCGUUACUGAGUGGGAUCUGGUGUGUGGUCAGUACUGGCUGGUCCCGGUGGAGGAGGUGUGUUUCAUCCUGGGCAUCCUGACUGGCUGUCUCGGCCUGGGCUAUGCCGCUGACAGGCUGGGCAGAUCCAAGACUCUGCUGACCUCUCUGACCCUGUCGGUGGUGUUUGGGGUGCUGGUGUGUGUCUCUCCGUACCCCUCCAUCUUCAUCGUCAUGCGUUUCUGUUUGGCGGCAGCUAGUGCGGGAGUCUACCUCACUAUGUACAUCACUCGUCUAGAGCUGUGUGAACCGUCUCUGAGGCUGGCGGUGACCAUGCUGGCCGGGCUGAUGACUGUAGCCGGACAGCUACUGCUGCUCGCCAUCGCCCUGGGCUGCCAAUCCUGGAGGGGCCUGCUGGGAGCCGGCGCCGCACCGCUAACACUCUUCCUCAGUUUCGGCAUUCCCGGGGUGUUUCCAGAGUCUCCUCGCUGGCUCCUUCUGUCAGAGAGAUCUGCAGACAUGAACUCCUUCACUGAGAGGAGAAACUCCAACAGAGAUAUAAGGGACGACGAGAGCUUCACAGAGCUGGAUUCAGACCCGGCCCCCUCCUCACGCCCCCACCUGUCCUACCCUGAGCUCAUCCACAGCAGGAACAUCUGGAAGAACAUGUGUGUGCUCGGCUUCACCUCAUUCAUCUCUCACGGCAUUAGUCACUGUUACAGCUCUUUCCGAGGUGACGUCAGAGGCACGGCCCCGAGCUUCUACUGGACGUACCUGCUGUCUGUGUGUGCCGGGUGCGGUGCCUGGCUGUUGCUCUGGGCGACCGUAGACAGGUGCGGUCGCCGUGGCAUCCUGCUCCUCGCCAUGACGAUGACGGGGCUGGCCUCUUUGAUCCUCCUGGGACUCAUGGAGUAUCUCAGUGAGACGGCCAUCACAGUUUUCUCAGUGAUGGGUCUCUUCUCCUCCCAGGCCACCGCCUUCCUCUGCAUCCUCUUCACUGCAGAGAUCAUGCCCACCAUCUUCAGGGGCAGCGGUGUGGGCGCAGUGAUGGCUCUCGGCUGCGUGGGCCGCCUCAGCUCCCCGCUCAUGGACCUGAGGAACCACUACGGUUACUUCCUGCACCACGUGGUCUACUCCUCCCUGGCCCUGCUGGCUGUGCUGUCCAUCCUGCUGCUGCCCGAGAGCAAGAGGAAGCCGCUGCCCCAGACGCUGGCCGACGGGGAGCAGUACAGGCGCCCCCCGCUGGGCAGGAGGAGGAGGGACAAUGUGCCGCUGCUAGCCACACCCAACCCAGAGACCUAAACACAGACACCUGACACAGUGGGAUGGACUGUGCUCAAAUCACCCACUUAGCAGCCAGAACAUUCACAUUCAUCACGCAGAGGAGGAGUCAGACGGAGUAAUAUAGAGACGAGGGCUGCACAGAUGAUUUGUGGACAGGCCGUGAAGGAACGGUGAUGGAACAGCCUAAGCUUCCUAACAUAUCAUCCUCCAGUCAUUCCAAAACGCAGGUGGUUGGGUCGAGCUGCCAUUAUGUCUUCACCAUUCUCUAUUUCCUGCCAUUCAGAUGUGUGUAGAUCUGACACACGAUGUUCAUGUAGGGAAGUCUUCAUCUUCAUCUCCUCCUGACCAGACGGCAGGUGAUCCCCCCACACCGUGUGACACACCAGCAUACCCUGCUGCACGCCGUCCUCCCAAUGCGUCUGUCGUAGAGAUGUUAGCUGCUUGCUACUGACACUCCAGACCAGACGUGGCUCAGAGAGUAGUCGCAAAUUAUUCCUAGCAUUUGUCUUAACCUGCAUAGAACGUCUCUCGUCGUGUUUUGCUGUGUACGACAACGCUAGAAGUGCUCGGAGGUGUGCAAAGUCGGCUUUGUAUACUUUUUCUGUGACACUCGUGGUAAACGUUCUCAAACAGGGAUGGACCACGGUUCUCGAACAUACUGUAUGUUGUAAGACUCGAUGGCGUGUGGGUGCCUUGUAAAUACUCUAGACUUAGUUUCUUUAACUUCUUGUGGGCGUCUGGGUUUUGUUAAAGCAGACCCUGUGGCUGGAAACUGUACAGUAGAGUACGCUAUGCAGUGGAGAAGCUGUGCACUUUGAAACAUUAUUUUUUAAAGAUAAUGGUUGGUUAUAAUUUGACCCAAAUGUUCAAAUUUAAAGGGACAGAUGUUUGAGCGUGAAUCAACUAUUAUCAAUAUUAGGAUCAGAAGCUAAAAACGAAACAUAAAAAAAGGCCUUCAAACAGAAAAGGUGUUCAUGUUCAAAAAUGUGUAAAUCCAGUUUCUGAGUCUGGCCUGGAGCCAGCUAUAUUUAUGUCUUAUUUAUGUUGUUAUGAAGCAUAAUCGGUAAAUUAUCCAGAGGCCUAGCAUUUUUAAGUAUUAAGCUAAAACUUGUUGUUGAGAUGAAUCUGACUCUUCUGAUCCAAACUGUCACAACAUUCCUCUCUGCAUGUUUGAAAGGGCUGUGUUUCCUCAGAAGCUUCUAGUUACUCAAUACCUCUCUAGAUGGCCAGUCUCAGCUGUAAGAGAAUAGACGGGUACGAACAAACUACAGUAGAAAUUUAAAACGGUGACUCGUAUAACCAGGCACAUAUAUUUUUUGUCAGCACUUUGAUGUGGGAGUUUUGAAAGAGGUCAUCUGUUAUUUUUUUGCCUGAAUGUUUAUUGAUGCUGGAGAAAAAGGGCCCGGUGAUGAUGCUCCAUAAGGUUUGAAUGGGAGCUGAAGAGGGCCCUCAGAGCUUCAAAUUAACCCCCCCGACUCCUCAACCGAGCACCAAGGAUAUAUAUCUUUCUUCUUUAUUUUGAGUGUGCUGGCUGAUGCCAUGAUGCAUAUGGUUAAAUCAGAGAAUUACCAAAGCAUGUCGGUUUCAGUGCUUCAAAAAAAUCCCAAGUGUAUGUUUGUGAGCUCGGGUAAUUCUUUUUUACUCAAGUAUCCGCGGGGUGCGUGAUAUUAAGAGGAAGCAGGAGGUGUUUAAUUUGGACUCUGACGUUGAGGAAUUCACUAAAGAAACUAUGAAGGACACUCACUUUUGCCGACGGCUUCUUCCUCCGUCAGCUGUUGGUAGUUUUUUUUUUUUUCCCCCUCUGUAUGUUGCACUCAAGAAGUCCCAACACUUAUAUACUGAUAAUUAUUAUCACUAUGAUUAACUUGGCUCGAGUAGUAUUACGUCUGACAACACUGAUGAUCUGUUCAAUGAUGAGUGUGAUGCAGUUAACUAUAUAGCCUGAUUUAAUGUAAAAUAAAACUGGUUAAAUAAA